GUUUGCCAUGAGUUGCUGUGGGUAUAUACGACAAUAUGGUUCGGAUGUAGCGUGUGUGUCGCUGUGAAGAAGAAAUAAAGUGGGCGCGUUUGGUGCGCUUUCUGCAGAGCAUACUUCGAGUUGUUAGCUAUAAAGUUAUAAUAUCCUUUUGAGAUAGAAUGUUUCCUAGGAUGCAUUGUCUUGCUAAAGUUACAUUGGCACUACAGGGCGGUGGGGGACGUUACAUUGGCCUAACUUGCCUAAAUGGGGUAAGGACAGUAACUAGAGGGCUUAGUAAUUCUGGGGCUGGCGAGCGUGGCGAAUCAAACAAAAACGAACUAUAUGAUAUUAUAAUUUCUGGCGGAGGAAUGGUGGGCACCGCAAUGGCUUGUUCUUUGGGUAUGGAUCCGAAUUUGGAGGGGAAGAAGAUCCUUCUACUAGAAGCUGGGAAUAAGAAAGUUAUGGACAAAGUCCCGGAGUCCUACAGCACCAGAGUCAGUUCUAUCAGCCCUGGCUCUGCAACUCUUCUCAGUGGUAUUGGAGCAUGGGAUCACAUAGUAAAUAUGAGAUGCAAGCCUUAUCAGAGGAUGCAGGUUUGGGAUGCGUGCUCAGAUGCCCUGAUCACUUUCGAUAAGGAGAACCUGGAGGAUGAGAUGGCGUACAUCGUUGAGAAUGACGUCAUUGUGACAGCCCUGACGAAACAACUAGAAACUCUCCCCGAUCAUGUGAAGGUCCAGUACAGGACCAGGGCGGUGAAGUAUGUCUGGCCCAUGUCCUACCAGGCAGCAGGCUCCAUCCCCUGGGUGCAGGUGGAGCUGUCCAAUGGCGAAACAUUGCAGACCAAGCUGCUGAUAGGGGCUGAUGGGCCCAACUCUAUGGUGAGAAAAGAAGCAGGAAUACCCACAGUGAAGUGGAACUACGAUCAGUCUGCCGUUGUGGCGGUCCUGCACCUGUCCGAACCCACAGAAAACAAUGUGGCAUGGCAGAGGUUCCUUCCGACUGGUCCUAUCGCAAUGCUUCCGUUAUCAGACACGAUGAGCUCCCUGGUGUGGUCUACCAGCCACCAGCAUGCGGAGGAGCUGCUGGAGCAGGAUGAGGAGAGUUUUGUGGAUGCCAUCAACUCUGCCUUUUGGAGUAAUGACAACCACUCGGAGCUGAUCGAGACAGCCGGGUCGCUUUUCCGGACAGCGCUGUCCUUCCUCAUGCCCUCUGGGACAUCCGUUCGCCAGCUGCCUCCCAGCGUCGCCGGAAUCGGCCCUAAAAGCAGAGUGAUGUUCCCCCUGGGCAUGGGCCAUGCCUCGGAGUACAUCAGGCACCGUGUGGCCCUCGUCGGGGACGCUGCUCACCGAGUACACCCAUUGGCUGGCCAGGGGGCAAAUCUGGGAUUUGGGGAUGUGGCCUGCCUCACUCAGGUCCUGAGCCAAGCAGCCUUUAAUGGGCAAGACCUGGGGGCUAUUCAGCAUCUCCUGGAGUACGAGACAGAACGGCAGCGGCACAACCUCCCUAUGAUGGCCGCCAUCGACCUCAUGAAGCGGCUUUACUCCACCAACUCCGCUCCCGUGGUGCUGCUGCGGACCCUCGGACUGCAGGCCACCAAUGCUGUGCCACCCGUUAAGGAACAGAUCAUGGCAUACGCAAGCAAGUGAGAGACUGCCUAUGAAGAGUUUCCGGUGGGAGAACUGAAGAGGAGUCGGUGCCAUGGUGUUUUCAUGUAAAAGUGUAAAUGAAUAAAGUUUUAUUUUAAUCUCA